ACCCUUCUACUCCCAUCAUAUUAAAAUUACGGAUUUUCCGUCAAGGUGACGUGAACGGGGCAACCGAGGGGUCACUGUUUACGAAAUUUUUCUCAGAACUGGGGGUACCGAAUCGAUUGAAAUUUUAUAACGGGAUGAUAAAUACCCUGGGAAAGGGUUUGAUAACCAUGACAUUCCGUUUUUAUAACGAAAGUCAAAAGUCGGAAUAUACAAAGGUGGGAUACGGAACUGCGCACGCCUGGGUGGGAGUCCCUAUAUAAUGCCGAGCGCGCGGUUGGAGCGUCGUUACCCUUUGGUCUUCCAAAGGGUUAACAUCCUAUUAUAUACUUCUACCAUUGCUCCCACAUACAUGCACACACCUGUAUGUAUGUUGGAGCAUUAUUAAUGUCUGAUUCAACCCUUGAGUAACAAUCAAACUCCGGUUAACUUAGGUUAUGAAACCGAGCCUUAUGAGAGACAUCCCCCUUCCUCCCAUUUCCUUUCCUACUAUAUUUAACUUAAUUUAUUACAUUUGUAAUGGGCUCGAUACGCAGCAACCUCCACGUGGUGAGCCUGGGGGAUUGGUGGUUUUCAACUAUCGUUGGAAACCACCAAUUCGCUAAUAGCUGCGCGAAUGAUUCUACUUAGCUUGUUUUUUUUGUUGUAUAAUAGUAGUCUAAUGUAAAUAAAAGUGGAAACAUUCAUUCCGUGCGUGCGGUAGUGUAACUUGCGGAAGAGACAUUGUCGGGUACUUUUUCACGCAGCAAGCAAUUUCGGAUUUGCAUUUGCUAAUCGAGGUAGAUUCUUGCGGGUAUGGCAAUGCCUUACCCUUAGCGUAUCUGGCAGCUUCCGUCGGCACCCAGUACGUCGUAGCUAGGCUACGGCGUGCAAGGCUGCCUGGCUCAGGUUGUCAGUUUGCGAUGCGGUGCUUCGCUUUGGCGGCAGCCUGCUGGGGCUCUGCCUGCUGUAAGUCGGGCCAAGUCCGUUGAGUGAAGCUCGUAUUCGCGAGCUGACAGCCGGGCUGGGUUAGUCGCCGGUGACGGUGGAAGCUGCUGGAUUGUUCGCGUUAGAAGUAGUAUGCCACUUUGGCAAUUUAUAUCCGAAAUUCGAGGCCAACUGGAAGUGUAUUCUGCGACUUCUCUUAUACUAAGCGGCGAGUAUUGUAUGGAUGUAUGAGUAUGGUAUGAGAGUGGUAUGUCGUAUGGGUUAUGGAAUCCUGGUUCUGCGAGUUCCUGGGACGCUGGGAAUUCGACGGAACCAGGUGCCUAUGCUUAGGCGGGUCCCAGUUGCAGCGGCCUCCUCGUGGCGGGACCUGGGGGAUCGGUGUCAUCCCCUAAGGAUGACACCGAUCCGCAAACUAGCUGCGAAGUAGAAUUUAGUUAAGAUCAAAUUUAACCUUCCGACUUGUCUCAUACUUACAUGACAUGAUAAGAAAAUUAUAUUGUUGAACUUCUAAUUAUAGUACAUGUAAAUAUGAAUGCAAUACAUAAUAAAAUAAUUUAGAUAGACUCGAGUGCUCUUCUUCACUUUUAAUGGUUUUCCAUCUUCACGCCUUUUGUUCAUAUAACCCACUACCUCUCAACGAUUUUCGAUUUGCGAGGCAUAUACCUUUAUUUAAAAUAUUACUAGACCGGAAAUGCUAGUAAUCUCGUUUUUUCAUAUAGCGAAUACGUAAUUCGGCGCAUAAACCCACGUGAGAUGAAAGUCCGAGAAGUGAGCGUUCUCGUUAAAAAUACGUAAUAAACUCCCUGAUGAUCACGAGCAGCAGAUGCGACAGGAUAGUAAGAUUGCGUUCCGUGCUGCCCUCGGUGUAGAAUGCGGGCGACUCGCGCACUUGCCUCCAAUGGUGGACAUGCAUAUUAUCCGGACUGUAUUCGGUUGAACGCGCAAAAGAACAGUCAUGCGCAGAAAGCACAGAGAAAGGGACAGAAGUACCCCCUGGGACUCUCUGUCGGCGUGCACCUGAAGCAUCGAGGUAUAUUGCCGUGCGAGUGCCAGUACUGCCAGAGUAUCGGUACAGUCGAGUGGGGGCACCCUCCGGGCGAAGUCGCAGUUUACGCGAAAUUCGGCGUUGCGCGUAGCGAUUGCCGGGGGUGCGGGAGUGGUGCAUAAAUUCGUACGCGCGCGUCCGGCCGUACGAGGUGCGAGAGGGAUCGACAAGUGGACGCGUCUCGACGAGGACUAAAGACGACCCCUCGCGACGUGGUAGACUGCCCUCGGUGUCGCUUCCUUGUGCUCCCUGUCAAGGCAGCCAUUUCCGGGAGUGAACGGUCAUCCGGCGAUCCACGGGCUACGGAAGAGUGACGGGUAAACCUUUUUCCAGACAGUGCAUCCAUUUCGUUUCUCGGAUCGCUCCGUCCGCUCGAUCGGUGCCGUGCGCCAUCUUGGAAUUUCCGGGGACAGUUUCGGAGUCCGCCGUUCGACGGCGCCACCAGCUACUCUACGGUCUCGAAGAAGGAAACGUCCUCGGGAUAUUUCGCGUGGCCGAUAGAGAUAAUGGUGUGAAAUUCUCCCGUCCGGAUGUGCCAAGAUCGCCUGGAUCGAGUCCUUAAAAUCUGCCAUCUUGAAACCUUCCUCGUCUAGUUUGGCGUCCCUCCGCGCGCAUCGCCACCCGCGCCGGAUAGUUUCGGAGUGCAAGGAAGUCCGUUCGCGACGACGCCUCGCUCGAAUCGUUGGCAGGGCGCCGGGAAGGUAAUAAAGUGAAAAUCAUCCGAAGCCAACGUGUCCCGUCUCGGAGGUGCGUCCCUCGAGUCGCAGUCGGUUCGUCCGCGGACAUCGGCCAUUUUGGAAGUGUCCGGUCUCGGAACGGUGCGAGAAGAGUCCGCGAGGAGCGCCACCUCGAUAGCGUGGAGCGCCGUCAGUCUCGGUCCUCGCUUCGAGAGAAAGAAAUGCCUGUGCGUCCGGCGCCGCGGCGAGCAGUAGCAGCGCGAUCAAGGCGAUCAAAGAUGGCGGUUCAGGCCCCCCCGAGCCUCUAACACCGACACGCCAGAUAACUCGCGCGCUUUUCUCGGCCGUGCCCACGGGAACUCGUCCAGUUAUCGCUACGUAUCGUGCAAGCGUCCGCGGCGAGCCUACGCGGCUGCGGCAUGGAGCUCCGCGUCGGGAACAAGUACCGGCUCGGCCGGAAAAUCGGGAGCGGCUCCUUCGGCGACAUUUAUCUAGGUACCGAUAUCACCACUGGCGCGGAAGUCGCCAUAAAGCUGGAAUGCAUAAAAACUCGGCACCCCCAGCUUCACAUAGAGUCCAAGUUUUACAAGAUGAUGCAGAGCGGCGUUGGAAUUCCUACCAUAAGAUGGUGCGGUUCGGAAGGUGACUAUAAUGUCAUGGUGAUGGAGCUUCUCGGACCGUCGCUAGAAGAUCUUUUUAAUUUCUGUUCUCGGAGAUUUUCUUUAAAAACCGUUCUACUGCUCGCCGAUCAGUUGAUAUCCAGAACUGACUACGUCCACAGCCGUCACUUUAUUCACCGGGACAUCAAACCGGAUAAUUUCCUAAUGGGGUUGGGGAAAAAGGGUAAUCUUGUAUAUAUCAUAGACUUCGGACUGGCGAAAAAAUAUCGCGACAGUCACACCCACAAGCACAUACCUUACCGAGAAAACAAGAAUUUGACCGGUACGGCCAGAUACGCGAGCAUAAACACGCACUUGGGAGCCGAGCAGUCCCGAAGAGACGAUCUCGAGUCACUAGGCUACGUGCUCAUGUACUUUAACCGCGGCAGCUUGCCCUGGCAAGGGCUGAAGGCCGCGACCAAGAGGCAAAAGUACGAGCGCAUCUCCGAGAAGAAGAUGUCCACGUCCAUCGAGGAGCUGUGCAAGGGCUAUCCUGCGGAAUUCGUUUCGUACCUGACGUACUGUCGGGAGCUGCACUUCGAGGAGAGGCCCGACUACUCGUACCUUCGUCAGAUAUUUCGAACGCUGUUCCACAAUCAGGGAUUCACCUACGACUACGUGUUCGACUGGAACAUGUUGAAAUUCGGCAACACCAGGCAGCCGGCCCCUUGGGCCCGACAGGCCCCGGCCCACUCGCAGCCUACCAACGCCGCGUUACCUUCGACGGCCAACAACGAUCAGGAACAUCGACUGAGGCCUUACGCGCGACAGUGCCUCGAGAAGGCCUCCGGCGGCAACGUGGGACCCACGGUGGGGACGUCGGGGCGCCGACAGAAGCACGAGGGCAUGGACGCUCGCGGGGACCAGGAUAACCAGGAGAAGAACGAGCUGCAAGUGUCCGCCGGUGGAGGCCAGGAGAGAAGGAUCAGCCUGCGGCUGCACCGCAACAACGUGGCCGCGGCCGCGGCCGCGGCGGCGGUUGCGGGGGAGAUGCAGCCCAAGUCCAAGAAGCGCCAAUGCGACGGCCAUGGCCCCGCCCACCCUGGUGGCCAGGCGGGCAAGCGUUCGGCACAGCAAGUGAGUCGGCCGGCGACGGCGACGGCGGCGCAACCUCCACCGCCACCCCCACCAGCGCCACCCACCGGUCGCCAGAGGAGCAAGUAGGGCCGGAGUAGGUCCCCCGGGUGCUCGGUCGCCCCGCCCGGCCCGGGGCAGGAGGGAAAAAUAGGAAAACGUGAUAAAAAAGUUACAUAUACAUAGGUAUGUCUUACCGACACGUGUUUUUCUAUGUAUUUUUUUUUUUUUUUUCAUAGGUACUACCGUUACUAUUACCGCUACUACUCUACUACUACUCCCGCUACUCCUACUACGCUACCGCUACCGCUACUACUACUACUACUACUACUACCGCGUCGGACGUAUAGCGAGUCGAGGAGGGCGGCCGCGCGUCCCCGGGGCCCAGGGUGGAGGAGCCUCUCUCUUCCUUCGCGUUCCCCCCGGCUCGAGGGACGCGGAACACUGCCGUCGAGGAAGAGGACUCUGGCCGCGCGGUCGGCCUCCUCCUCGAGGGCGAUCGAGCCGAGCCCCUUGGAGGAGGACGCGCGGACGAGAGGACGUGGCGGCGUUCGGAGGUCGCUCUCCUACUUUUACUCCGUUUUAUUUCCCUUUUUUCGUUAACGCGAGGAACUUUUUGUCCGCGGCAUAUCCGAGCGAUUGGACGGCCUAGAAGUCGAAGCUCGCGGGCGUCUUUCUCGAGUCGGGGGGAGACGAGCUCCCCGCGUCCUGACUACACCGUUGCGAGAGAAAGAGACGACGCGCGUUAAGGUCCUUUUUUAAUAUCAACUUAACGAAGAACGUAGGCACAGGGAUCUAGGUUCGGACGCGAAAUACCGAUGGACCGUAUCCCGGACUAGUACAUAACUCGUAGGUAAGGUACGUUGGUUUAGGGUUUGCCGAAAUCGAUCGACCGCUUGGGGUCGCGAGUCCUCGCGGAACCUCUUCCCCGGGUUCGAGGCGAUUUGCUUAAACCUUUGCGUUAAGUUUCGCUGGUUACACCGUGGACCGGGCGAGGAAGCGAAGCGGUCGAUUAAUUUCGCAAUUUGAAUCGUCUUUGGUCCUACCUAACCACUAACGCGGAUCGGUACCGAGCGACGGCGACGACGACGACGACGACGGCAAAUACGACGACGACAACGACGACGAGGUGGCAAUGUGUUUCAAGUGUUAACCGCUUUAUCGAAAGUCGAACGGUUUGUAUGUGUAUAUACAUUAAUUGUACGCCCAGGAGGGAGUUCGCGGACUCCCCGUGACCCGGAGGAGACGAGACGAACGAAGCCACGUCGAAGGGCCGGCUUCUCUCCUCUCGCUUCCUCUCUCGUCAAAGUCGUUUCGGUAACGUCGACUUUAGGCGGGGCGUUUUACGCGGCGAAGCGUCAGGAAGCCCUCGAGGGGCUCGGUCGCCGCACGGAAGACGGAAACGACGUCCCGACAGAGAGGGAUCACAGGAAUCCUGGUUCCGGAAGGAAGGAGGGAGAGCGACUCGAUCGGUUCCCGGUCGACCGGGCGGUCGCCAGAGAGUUCGGGAUCUUCGUCGGGGCGAUAAUCGACAGGUCACGCGUGUGCGUUCGUGUACAUACAUAAGGAUCUUUUAAUCGACUAGAAGAGGACAGGAGGAGGAUCGUCCGUGCAUGUAGCGAGAGGGAUAAAUCGAAUUUACUCGAAGAGUAAAUUACCACGAAGGAGAGAAAGCAAUGAGAUACUUGUAAUUGGA